AUGCGGGUGCACCUGGGCGCGCUGGCGGGCGCGGCGGCGGUGACCGGGGCGCUCAGCUUCGUGCUGCUGGCCACCGCCAUCGGCACGGACUUCUGGUACAUCAUCGACACCGAGCGGCUGGAGAGCGAGGACCGCGGGCGGCUCGAGCCCCUGAGCUCCCACUCGGGCCUCUGGCGGACCUGCCGGGUGCAGACCCCAGCGUGCACACCGCUGAUGAACCCCUUCUGGCCAGGGAACGUGACGGUCAGCGACUCCAGCCGACAGCUCCUCACCAUGCACGGGACGUUCGUCAUCCUGCUGCCGCUCAGCCUGAUCCUGAUGGUUUUUGGUGGGAUGAUGGGUUUCCUGAGCUUCCUGCUCCGCGCCUACCUCCUGCUGCUGCUCUCCGGGAUGCUCUUCCUCUUUGGAGCGCUGGUGACCCUGGCCGGGAUGAGUGUGUACAUUGCCUACUCUGCGGCCGCCUUCCGCGCUGCACGGUGCCUGCUGCAGGAGCAGGCGCUGCUGGACCGCGUGGACAUCCGCUUCGGCUGGUCGCUGGCCCUGGGCUGGGUCAGCUUCGCCUCCCAGCUGCUCACCGGGGCGGCUUUCCUGGCGGCCGCGCGCGCACUCGGCCCGCGGCCCGGGCAGGACCAGCCCAUCUGA